AUGUCGCGAGACGGGGUCGAGGCGGAGCAGAAGUUUGGGCUGGCGCAUGGGCAGGCUGGCUUGAGGGCGAGCGGGAGCGAAGGAGCUGGGCUGUCUGGAGCGGUCUCUGUGAGCUGCGGCGGAGGGACGUACACGGGAGAGAUGGUGGACGGGGCAUUCCAUGGCACGGGAACCUUUGUCUCCUCAGCCUUUACCUACACCGGCGGAUGGGUUGCGGAUGCCAUGCAUGGCCACGGCGAUCUGGUCCUGGCUGAUGGCUCGUCCUAUGUUGGCUCCUUUGCCCACAACAUGUACCACGGAUCGGGCAAGCUGGUCCUCGCCGAUGGUGAGUCGUAUGACGGAGACUGGGUCCAUCACGUCCGCUGUGGCCGCGGCACGCUGGUCUUGCCAAACGGCGCUGGCUGGUACGCGGGAUGCUGGCUCGAUGGCAGCAUGCACGGGCGCGGCGAGGCCCUGCUCGCCGAUGGCUCGCGCUACACCGGCGACUGGUACGCAGGCGUCAUGCACGGCUCGGGCACAAUUGUCGCUGCCGAUGGCACCGCGUACGUGGGCAGCUUUGAUAAUGGUGUCCGUGCUGGCUCGGGCACCCUCACCGCCACGGGUCGGGUGUACUCGGGGGAGUGGGCGGCUGGCGCGCCCCAUGGCACCGGCACGCUCAUCUUUGACGACGGCCGCUCGUACGACGGCGAGUGGGACGCCGGCCGCCCGCACGGCAAAGGCGUUUUUCGCUUUGCCGAUGGCGCGUCGUACUCGGGCCACUGGGAGCACGGCGUGCUCCUCGACGACGGCGCUGUCUUUGUCUCGGCCUCGGGCGAGCAAGAUGUUAUGGACCUCGAAGAGGCCUCGCGCGGCCUCCCAGCGCCGUACACCUGGUACGAUCCGGUUGUGCACUCGCUCUCGUGCAAGCUUAUGGACCGCCGCGCCGCGCUGGCGGCCACACUUCGUGAGUACGACGUGUCGCGGACCCGCCACGGCUUCCUUCCGCUGGCGCGAGUCCGGCAGGCUCUGCGAAACAUUGGCAUUCGUCUCGAUGCCGACGAGUACGACUUUGUGCUCGCCAUGUUUGGUCCAAACUCGCAGUGGAUCAACACAGACGACCUCGUCCGCUUUGUCACCACCGCCGAGCGCGAGUGGCACCGCCGCCACCCCCACCAUGGACCGUCGCUCCAUCAGCCACGCCGUCUUUCGCGCGCCGCUCGCCAAGCCCGCGCCGAUGCCGCCGCAUUCACCGAGCUCGACGACGAUGACUGCGCCAGCGACGACAGCGACUGCCUCGCAGACGUCGACGCCGAGUCUGGCCUCAUGUUUGUCGAAUUGUGACCGAUCAUGGCGUGUUCAGCACACCGUUAUCCGGCAAGCACAAUCUGUCUAGCGAGCUGAAGGCAUGUCACCCGGCCCCGUUAUACGCAACGAGAUUCCGUCGAGAGGCUGCUUCCACCGCACCAUACACAAUGUGCGAUGGGGUUGGACACGGCAAUCAUCGGACAGCGCACCCUCUAUUGAUACCCAAGCGUGUGUUGCAUGAUCAUUAACGCAUUCCAAU